AUUCAGAAACAGCGUAUGUUGAGGUAGUCUACACCCGUUCCUUCUGUGUCACGUUGAUCGUCCACCACAUCAUGAAAAUUUUAUCAACCAUCGCCUUUUUGUUGUGCGUGUGUGAAUUCAUGCAAUGUGCGAACAUUUUAUCGAUAGCUCCGGCCUUAGACGUGAACUUCAAAACGCUGUAUCUACCCUUAUGGCGGAAAUUAGCGGAGAAGGGUCACAAGAUCACCCUCAUAACCACAGUCAUGAUGGAGCCCAACAAGAACAUAACGCAAAUUGACGUCAGCAAGUACUACCAGUUCGAGAACAACAUGGGUGACAGUCCAUAUCCUUUCAGAACGCCUUCCAUGUUCGAUCUGAUGGCCAGCGAUAAGAACAUGUUGGCAAAACUGAACGAUCCCUCAAUUCAAGCAUUGAAGACUGAGUCGUUCGACCUGAUUUUCCUGGAGUUGGCACUACCGUUCUGGCCUUCUUUCCCAGCUUUUUAUGGUUGUCCAUACAUCGGAAUCAACACCAAGGACGCGUCUCCUCUAGUCCAUUACCAUGCGGGAAAUGCCAUGCAUCCGGCCAUCUACCCCUUGACUGAUAGAUUUUUCGAAUACGAGGGUCUUCAGGAAAGGAUUUUGAGUACUGUCAAUACACUUUUUUCAUUCCUACUCGCCGAAAUAUAUCUUGAUCGAGGAACCGACUUCAUGAGUCAAUUCUUCGACGCAAAAUUGCCUAAUUCUUUAUACAUGUACAAUGGUAUGAGUUUGAUGUUCAUCAAUGCCAAUCCUAUUUUUCAUCCACCGAGACCAGUGGUACCGACCACUAUCAAUUUGGGUGGGUUUUUGAGCAUAGCCGAGCCACAAGCAUUACCUCAGGACUUGGAGAAAUACCUCAAUGGAACCAAGGACGGUUGCAUCUAUGUCAGCUUUGGAACAACGGUCAACAGUGAUUAUCUUUCCAAAGAACAAAAAGAUAUUUUCGUUAGCGUUUUCAAAGAAAUGGCACCGAUGAAAGUCCUUUGGAAAUUCGACGAUCUAAAUGUGGCCAAGGGUGUUGAGAAUAUCGAGGUCAGAAACUGGUUACCCCAGCAAGAUGUUUUACGUCACCCCAAUGUUAAAUAUUUCAUAACUCAAGGUGGCUUACAGUCGAUGGAAGAAGCAAUUGAUAGUGCAGUACCAAUGCUGGGAAUGCCUUUUUACGGGGACCAGAUCAAUAAUGUCAACAAAAUGCAUCACAAGAAAUUCGGAGUCAAGUUACUUCCGAAGGAAAUGACCAAACAAUCUCUUAAGGCUUCUCUGGAAGAACUCAUGAAGAACCCGAUAUACGAGACUAACAUAAAAAAAUUGUCGGCCAUAUCCAAAGAUCAGCCUAUGAAAGGCCUCGAAAAAGCAGUAUGGUGGACUGAGUAUGUGUUGAGGCAUGGUACUCAACAUUUAAGAAGCCCGUCUGCAGAUAUACCCUUAUAUCAGUAUUUCUUUUUGGAUGUCAUUGCAUUUUUACUAGUUUUUUCUUAUUGUUCAUACAGACUCGUCAAAUCUGUCAUCAAGUUGACAUUAAGUAUGAUACGUGCUUUAUAUAGGUUCUUAAAACGUAAGGAUAGAUAUAUCUACUUAGAAACAAUACUGAGCAUUUUAGGUAUAUUGCGAGAGAGUGUACUAGCGAAAACCAUGAUGAAACUUCCAGUAUUUUCCCUCUCGGUAUUUUUAGUGUUUGGAUUUUCAAAUUGCGCCAAUAUUUUGGCUGUCGUACCAUCGCCUUUCCUCAGUCACCAGAUGACUUAUAGGCCCAUAUGGACUGAGCUAGCCAGGAGGGGCCAUAACAUAACCCUGAUAACAACAGAUCCGAUGGAAGAGAACGAAAACAUAACACAGAUAGAUUUCAGUGGGACGUACGAUAUGUUCAAUAGCCUGGGGAUCAAAGAUGUGAUGGUGAAAAAUUUCAGUCUGGUGAACGUAUUCAACAAGUUCAAAGAGGUAGCCGACACUUUUUUCGAAUACCAAUUCAACCACCCAGGCUUGGUCAGGGUAAUGCAGAAUCCGGACGGGUUUGAUCUGAUCAUGAUCGAGAUGUUGAUGCCGAAAUGGACGUCUAUCACGCACAAGAUCAAAGCUCCUUUCAUCGGGCUCACCACCAUGGACGCACCACCGUUCCUCCACGCUUUACUGGGAAAUUCUAUGCACCCUGCCAUCUACCCCAUGUUGGAGCUCGGCUACUCGGCACCGCUUUCAUUCAGGGAAAGGUUGAUAAGUACCGGAGUUACGGUUGGAUUGAAAUACCUCAACGAUUUGAUCUUGAGGCCGUUUGGAGAUCGUUACGGCAAGCUUUAUUUUGGAGAUGAUUGUCCCGCUAGUUCUGUGAUAGAUGCUGGAGCUAGCUUGGUGUUCAUGAAUGCGAAUCCAAUUUUAUUCCCGACCAGGCCCAUCACUCCAAUCACCAUCAACUUGCAGGGAGGUUUGCAUCUCCUGGACCCGAGGCCAUUACCGAAGGAUCUUCAGACAUAUCUGGACCAAUCGAAAGAAGGUUUUAUAUACUUCAGUUUUGGCUCAACAGUCGACAGCAACGCUUUAACACCUGAAGUUCUGGAAAUCUUCAAGAAGACCUUCGAGAAUCUCUCACCAAUCAGGGUGUUAUGGAAAUUCGCCAACGAAACACUGCCUGGUAAACCAAAGAACGUAGAAAUAAGGAAAUGGCUGCCACAACAAGAUGUUCUGAGGCAUCCAAAUAUAAAACUAUUCAUAACACAGGGAGGGUUGCAAUCAAUGGAAGAAGCUCUUGAAUAUGGCGUUCCGAUGCUGGGGGUGCCAUUCUUUGGAGAUCAACUGCACAACGUUAAGAGGAUGGUAACCAAGCAACUUGGUUUGAGUUUAGAGUUAUCUUCCAUCACAGAAACAAGUCUAAUGGAUACUAUAAAAGAAUUGUUGAAUAAUCCACUAUACAAAAACACUAUAGAUAGAUACUCGAAAAUUCAAAGGGAUAGACCUAUGAAAGCUUUGGAGACGGCGAUUUGGUGGACAGAGUACGUGUUGAGGCAUGGUGGUACAGAUCACUUGAGGAGUCCUUCAGCCAACAUUCCACUUUACCAGUAUUUCUUUUUAGACGUCAUCGCGUUUAUCGUUGUUGUAGUUGCAAUUUUAGCUAUAGUGAGCGUUUUUAUGUUCAGAUUCUCGAUGAAAAUUGCGCGAAUUCUUUUCAGGAAAAUGUUCAAACGAAAAUCUGAAGAUGAGAAGGUGAAACAGCAAUAAAUUAGGGAAAAAUAUUUUGAUAAUGAUUUGUAAAUAGGUGAAUAUUAUA